AUAAACCAGCUUGUAGUUGUAGUGUGUGCACAGGCGCAGGUCACAGCGACGUGAAAUAAUACAAUGGUGGCCACGAGCAGGACGCUGAGCACCAGGGUUUGGCCUUUACACUUAGUCAAGCCAACAAGAGGUCUUGUAGACGAGAAGCUAAAAGUGAUCGUGAGGAAUCUGAACCCCAGACAGGAGGUGACCCUUCGCUGUGUGCAUCAGGACGUCUGGGAGGGCUUUGGACACUAUAUCAGCGACCAGCAUGGCACGGUAACAGUGGCAAAGGAUGCAAGCAUGGGAGGAACUUAUAAAGGUGUGGAGGCCAUGGGGCUGAUGUGGAGUAUGCAGCCGGUGCCAGGAAGCCGAAAAGGGUUGAGGACGCUGAGCACCAGGGUUUGGCCUUUACUCUUAGUCAAGCCAACAAGAGGUCUUGUAGACGAGAAGCUAAAAGUGAUCGUGAGGAAUCUGAACCCCAGACAGGAGGUGACCCUUCGCUGUGUGCAUCAGUCAGAGGACAAGGACGUCUGGGAGGGCUUUGGACACUAUAUCAGCGACCAGCAUGGCACGGUAACAGUGGCAAAGGAUGCAAGCAUGGGAGGAACUUAUAAAGGUGUGGAGGCCAUGGGGCUGAUGUGGAGUAUGCAGCCGGUGCCAGGAAGCCGAAAAGGGUUGAGGUUGCGAAAGAAACAUGUCCUCUCACCGAUGGUCUUCCACAUUUCUGUGUUUGAUGGACACAUUACUCAGGGUUUUAGCCAGCUCACAGCAUUAGCGACCCAUGCCGUAGAGCGUUGGUAUGUGGCUCCAGGUGUGCAAAGAGUUUAUCUGCAGGAGAAAGGAGUUCAAGGAACAUUGUUCAUCCCUCCAGGUCCUGGACCAUUUCCUGGCCUGCUGGACUUGUGGGGUGGAGGUGGAGGUCUCGUGGAGUACAGAGCUGCCCUCCUGGCAUCACAUGGCUUUGUGUCCUUUGCUCUGGAGUAUCUCUCCUCAGAGGAAAUAAAUGCACCCACGACUGAUGUAAAGUAUUUUGAGGCUGCGUAUCAGAUCCUAAAGAGCCAUGCCAUGGUGCAGAAGGACAGACUGGCUCUGUUUGGCCUUUCGUUUGGGUCAACUAUAGCACUGUCCAUGGCCGCAUACUCCAAAAUCAUUAAGCCCAGAUGUUGUGUGUGCAUCAGUGGCAGUCACGUCAAUGCUGUCCAGAGGACUUUGAGUGAAACCUUUCAAGAGAUAGCCAAAAAUGUUUCUAAAAUAAGGGUAGAGGACGGUCAGGUCAUCUGGAGAGACAUAAUCCUGCCCAUUCCAGCAGAUCCAAGCAUGAAAAUAGAUGUUGGUCAAAUAAAGUGUCCAGUGCUCUUGGUUAAUGGAAGUGAUGAUCAGAACUUGGCUACUGUUGAGUCUGCUGAAGAUAUGGAGAGGAUGAUGGAAAAGGCAGGGAAUCGGCACCUUCUGCAAGUCCUCACCUAUCCUGGAGCAGGUCACCUGAUUGAGCCGCCCUACACACCACACCACCGGACCAGCAAUUUCGUCAUUGGCAAAGACAAAGCACCAGCCAGCAAGGCCCAGCAGCACCGGCCACGGGUGAGCAGCGCAGCCAACGAACAGUGAGACCAAAGCGUAAGCGGGGCAAGAGAGGUGGGCUACAUGCUAGGCUAAAGGCUAGGGCUACACGGCCACCGCCACCUAGCCUGUUGCUAGCUAAUGUUAGCGCCCUCAAAAAACAAGCUGGGUGAGCUGAGGACCAGAAGAACAACUCGGCAUGAGAUCAGAGAGUGCUGUGCUCUUAUUCUCACAGAAACCUGGCUCUCGGACAGCAUGCCAGACUCAGCACUCCAGUUAGAAAUGCACUCCGUCCACCACGGGGACCGCACAGCAGCGUCGAGGAAGUACAAACGGUGUCUGCAUCUACGUGAACAACAGGUGGUGUUCCAAUGUGAAGACUAUUGAAAAACACUGUUCAGCUAAUUUAGCACUGCUGAUGGUGCCGAGAGAGUUUUCUGUUUCUUUCUUCUUUACAGUGCUUCUGGUGAGUAGAACUAUCAAAGUGUGGAAUGAAGAAACUGACCUAGUGCUUGAGGACUGCUUUGACGGUACAAACUGGGAUGUUUUCAGAACUGCUGCAGUGAUAGAGAACUGUACUGUUGAUCUAGAGGACUAUGCUUCUGGGGUAAUGGGCUACAUCAGCAGCUGCAUUGAAAGCAUUGUUCCUACAAAGCACUGCAGAAAAUAACUCAAUCAGAAACCUAGGAUAAACAGUGAAGUUCAGGCCCGCAACCCUGGCUGACUGAGAUACAGUAUGGCCACACAGAACACAUCAUUCGCUGUGGAUGUGUGCAGGACCUUGAAGAGAAUAAACCCACGGAAAGCAGCUGGUCCAGACAACAUCUCCGGGCAUGCACUCAGGGUUUGCUCAUCAGAACUGGCUGACGUGUUUGUGGACAUAUUCAAUCUGUCCCUCACGCAAGCUUUUGUGCCAUCCUACUUCAAGACCACCACCAUCGUGCCCCUCCCAAAGAAAAGUGUUGUGACCUGCCUAAAUGACUAUCACCCUGUUGCACUCACCCCAAUCAUGAUGAAGUGCUUUGAGAGAAUAGUCAUGACUCAUCCAGGAGACCAUUCCGAACACUAUAGAUACUGUUCAGUUUGCAUACCAUCGGAACCGGUCCACAGACAACGCAGUGAACACUGCCCUUCACACAGCCCUCACUCACCUGGAGGGCAAGGAAAUGUAUGUCAGACUACAGCUCAGCAUUUAACAUGGUCAUCCCAUAUAAACUCUCAGAAAAGUUCCUCACCCUUGGACUGACACCCACGCUCUGUAACUGGGUGCUGAACUUUCUAACAGACAGACCCCAGUCAGUCAGAGUCGACAGCCGUACAUCCAGUACAAGAACAGUGAGCAUGGGGUUCCCCAGGGCUGUGUGCUGAGCCCCCUUCUGUACACGCUCUUCACUUAUGACCAGCAUCGUUAAGUUUGCUGAUGAUACUACAGUCAUUGGACUGAUCAUUGGUGGGGACGAGAUAGUAUACAGGAAUGAGGUGGCUAAGCUGGUGGCCUGGUGUCAUGACAACAAUCUUUCCUUGAAUGUAGACAAGGAGGAAGCGGGAGCUGCACACACCCCUGUACAUAGAUGAGACAGAAGGUGAAGGUGAAAACCUUCAAAUUCCUUGGCUUCCAUGUCAGUGAGGAUCUCACCUGGUUUCACAACACACACCUCGUCAUCAGGAAGUCCCAGCAGUGACUGUACUUUCUGAGAAGGCUGAGGAAAUUUGUCAUGCCAGCCAAAAUUCUCAGCACCUUCUACAGGAGUACAAUCGAGAGUGUUCUUACCAGUUCCAUCACAGUCUGGACAGGACAGAAAGGCUCUCCAGUGUGUGUGAUCAAAACUGCACAGUCCAUCUCGGGAUCAGCCUUCAUCUCACUACAGAACUUUUGUCACACCAGGGUCAUCAGGAGGGCUCACAUCAUCAUCAGGGACAGUACACACUCCCAACACAGACUCUUCACACUCCUACCUUCAGGCAGACACUACAGGAGUGUCAAGUCCAGGACUACAAGACUGAACAACAGUUUCUAUUCACAAGCCAUCAGGCUUGUGAACACCUAACUCACUACCUCUUCCCUCCUCCCACUCUGAACUGGUUUUACUUUUGGCCAACCUUGCACUCAAUAACUGCACCUUACAUACACUGUACCGCUAUUGUCAGAACACUACUGUUUACAUUUGUUACAUGCACAGAACAUUACUGUUUACAUCUGUUACUUGG